CAGGACAUUGCGAAAUAUUGUUUUGCCUGUGUGGACUCUACUAAGCAUUUCCCCUGUUUCAUUGCCUUGUUUUUCCAUGGUCAUUGUUUUGUUUCAUAGUCAUAGUUUUGCCUUGUUUUCAUUGCCACAGUUUUUGUGUGGUUUCAUUGCCUUGUUCAUUUGUUACUUUGGACUGCUCACUGGUAUUUUGACGUUCUGCCUGUUUAUAGGAUUACGUUCUUGUCUUGCCCUGGAUGUUACUGUUUGCUGGCGUCUGACCCUGCCUGUCUUGAUUACGAUCUGUAUAAUAAAGCUCGCACUUACAUCUAUUCACACUUCUGACGAGUCCCCUUACGCACAUCUACUCUGAGAUCUUCAAGCUCUACAGAACAUCUGCAGAUUCUUUCUGUCAUUGUGAAGAAAUAUCUUGAAGAAUGAGAAGCCUGAUGUCUGUGCUGUUCCUGGUGAUCUUCUGCUCUGUGCAGAUGACUAGUGCUACUGAAGUAGCUUCUGAAGCAGCUAAUACACCAUCAGAGUGCUGUGUAGAGUUCUCUAACGUGAAGAUUCCUGUGAAACUGGUGGCAUCUUACUCCUGGACCAGCAGCAACUGUCCCAAACGUGCUAUUGUGUUUAAGACAAGUAAAGGGAAAAAGUUCUGUGUAGAUCCUGAGACCACCUGGGUGAGCCACCAUGUUAAUAAAGUGGACAAAAGAACAACAGUGGAAAAAAGCCACACUGUUUCUGUUUGAACUGUGCUUUUCAUAUUGUAUAUUCAAACCUUGUACUAUUUCCAAUGUGUAUAUGAAAUAUUUUAUUUACUGAAUAAUUUGUGUGAUUUGAUUCAGUUGUUUUAAUAAAAUAUCAGUGAUAAAAUUAUAAAGAUGUAGUAAUGAUUUUAUUCUCUACUGUGUACAAGUAUAAUAAAUUCUAUUCAAAUUUGUGUCAGUUAUGGCAUCUAAUGGUGGAAGUUUUCAGUCUGAUAGACUUUCAAUGACAAAGAUAAAAGAUGAAACUAUGCUGGAAUACAUUAGAUAUUAUGCAAAGUUUUCCCAAACUAUUAUAGAUGAUAAAACAUGCUAAAAGUUUUUGUCCACUCUAACUGUAAGAUUACAAUGAUUAUAAGAUUACUAUUUGCAAUAGACUGUUGGCAUUAUGAUUGUAUUCCAAAACAAAAAUCAAUAAAGAAAGAAAAUGUACAUAAAAAUUUUGAGAAACUAA